GCUCGGUAGGGCGGUGGUGCCGCCGGAGGGUUUCUCCAGCACCCGCAUCGGGGCGGUUGAUGUCGGUUCAGCCGCCGUAGGCCGCAGGCUGCUGGCUGCUGACCGUAGGGGUCGGGCGGGACGGACUAACUCCCGGUUAAACGAGUUGAUUCGAACAGUCCGGUGGCACACUUCCGGCAAACGUUCGGCCUUCAACGGGCGCCGGCCCGGUUUGGGGUUCGGGGGGAAACCUGAACGCCGAUCAGACACCAGUGUGAUCUGGCGGCCAUUUUAUUGAUGACUGGCUCAAAUGAAUUCAAACUAAAUCAAUGUCCUGAGGAUGGAAUAUCCGCUAUUAAGUUCAGCCCUAACACCUCUCAGUUCCUCUUGGUGUCAUCCUGGGACUGCACCGUCCGUUUGUAUGAUAUCACAUCGAAUAAUAUGCGCCUAAAGUACCAACAUUCAGCAGCUGUCCUGGACUGUGCUUUUCAUGAUCCAACUCAUGCAUGGAGUGGUGGAUUGGACCUUUCACUGAAAAUGCGUGACUUAAACACGGACCAAGAAUCUGUUGUGGGUUCCCAUGAUGCUUCGAUUCGUUGUGUUGAAUACUGUCCAGAAGUGAACGUAAUGGUCACUGGAAGUUGGGAUCAAACAGUCAAGCUGUGGGAUCCUAGAACACCGUGCAAUGCUGGGACAUUUGCACAGCCAGAAAGGGUGUACACUCUUUCUGUGUCUGGAGAUCGUCUAAUUGUUGGAACAGCUAGUCGUCGUGUACUGGUGUGGGACUUGAGGAACAUGGGCUACGUACAGCAAAGGAGAGAAUCUAGUCUGAAGUAUCAGACCCGCUGCAUUAGAGCAUUUCCAAAUAAGCAGGGCUAUGUUCUUAGUUCAAUUGAAGGACGUGUUGCAGUGGAGUACCUUGAUCCUAACCCAGAAGUACAGAAGAAAAAGUAUGCUUUUAAAUGUCAUCGAUUGAAAGAGAACAACCUUGAACAAAUCUAUCCAGUCAAUGCCAUUUCCUUUCACAGUGUUCACAAUACUUUUGCUACAGGUGGCUCUGAUGGAUUUGUGAAUAUCUGGGAUCCUUUCAAUAAGAAAAGAUUGUGUCAGUUCCACCGCUACCCCACCAGUAUUGCAUCGCUUGCCUUCAGCAACGAUGGCUCUGUUAUUGCAAUAGCAUCAUCAUACAUGUAUGAAAAAGGUGAAAUAGAACACCCUGAAGACAGUAUCUAUAUUCGGCAAGUGACAGAUGCGGAAACAAAGCCCAAGUGAGUUUCUCCUCAGCUGGCUUUUAUCCUUUCUACCAUUUGUCCAAACAUUUAUUAAUUUUUCUAAUUUCACGAAAGAAAUUGAUGUUGAGUAGAUAACACAGUUGCUAGCAGAGCUAGUAUUGAUUCUAUCUUGUUCUCCCAAGCUUUCAAUAUCCGUUGGAUGAUAGACGUCAUAUUGAUAAAAAUGUGCCUACUUGUUUUCUCAGACGGCAUGUCAAAUGUAUCUUUUUUGUGCAGUGCUGCUUGGAUCAACAAACAUUUGGUCUUUUACAUUAGAAAUAUUCUCUCAAAAUUUCAUUUUUCUGUGUAACAUUGUUCAAUUAUGGAAGACUCAAAUAUUGAGAUCUGUGCAAUUUUCAGCAGUAAUAAUCUGUUAUAAACAGCAAUUAAAACGGUAAUAUAUGAAAUGUUUCAACUGCUCAGAUAUGCUGAUUCUUGGUCUAGCUGAAAGUUCAUCAGACUUCCAAUCUGAAUUUGUAUGGCAAAGGAUCGAAAAGAUGACAAAUGGCGAUCUACCGUAAUUCUACAAUUUUUAACCAAUGUUUGUAAAUAAACCCAUUUCUGUAGUUAAUGUGUAUGCAACUUUUCCUUUUAAGUUCACUUGUAUGCAUUUAUUUUAAACUUUAUGUUUAAAAUUCAAUAAAGAAAUUAAUAAAAAAUGA